CGUACCAUUAAUGCCAAACUGUAUACAUAGUUUUAUUUAUUCUGGAUACUCACCUUUAUCAAACCAAAACAUUUUAGAGAUUACAACCAAGUCGACAGUUUCCCGUAUCCUAUCUAACAUCAGUGCUCUAGAUUGAAAUGUGAUGUCGAGUCACUGGAGUGUUGAACAGUUCAUGUUAUUUGUUUUGAUAAAAAAAAAUAAAUAAAACGCAUUUGUAGUUAAGUGCAGUGACCAACGUGACCAUAAGUUAUGAUAAUGUGAAAAUGAAUAGUGUAGAAUUUUUAACGAUGUACAUAAAAAAAAAACAUGAUGAACUCGCUGGAGCACCAUAGCAGCUGUGAGUGGUGACCUCGACUCCUUUGCCAUGGGCAACAACUGUUGCUGCUGCGGCAGUAGAAGGUCCUCCCCGCCAGAGAUCUUCCCCGGGAAGAACAAGACAGACAUCAUCAUAGCGCACCCGGUGAGAGAGCGAUACGUUCCCGAUCCCAAUAACCAUGAAGUCGUCAACAGGUCGCGGCAGACUCCCACACGACCGGCGGUGCCCGUCAAGGGGCGCAUCGUUAUCGCCAUGUACAACUACGAGGCCCGCGACAGCCAGGACGUCUCCUUCAAGAAGGGCGACCGCAUGGAGGUCACCGACGACUCCGAAGGCGACUGGCUCCACGUGGUGCACCUCAUCACCAAGGAGCGGGGCUACAUUCCGGGCAACUUCGUGGCGCCCGAACUGAGCGUCGAAAGUGAAGACUGGUUCUUCGAGAACAUAUCCAGAAAAGAAGCCGAGAAACUGCUCCUGGCCGAAGAGAAUGCCCGCGGUACUUUCCUAGUCCGUCCUUCUGAACACAAUCCCAGUGGGUACUCUCUGUCUGUGAAGGACUGGGAGGAACAGAGGGGGUGUCAUGUCAAACACUACAAGAUAAAGCCGUUAGACAACGGUGGCUUUUACAUUUCCACCAACAAGACCUUCGAUUCAUUGUCGGAAUUGGUCAACGCUUAUACGAGAAAUGCUUACGGAUUAUGUCACGUCCUCUCUAGGCCAUGCAGGAAACCUCAACCCACUAUGUGGGACUUGGGCCCCACGUAUAGAGAUAAAUGGGAAAUUCCUAGGAGCGAAUUACGCUUAAUAAAACAACUGGGUAAGGGUAACUUUGGGGAAGUCUUCUACGGAAAAUGGAAGAACAACAUAGAAGUAGCCGUCAAAACGUUACGACAGGGUACAAUGUCCACUGCCGCUUUCCUACAGGAAGCCGCCAUUAUGAAAAAAUUCCGACACAAACGAUUGGUAGCACUAUUCGGGGUCUGUAGCGAAGAGGAGCCCAUUUACAUAGUCCAGGAAUACAUGAACAAAGGCAGUUUGUUGGAAUUCCUUAGGAAAGACGAAGGGAAAUACCUCGAAUUUGACGAAUUAGUGUACAUAGCUUUCCAAAUAGCCAGUGGAAUGGAAUACUUGGAAUCGAAACAGCUCAUUCAUAGAGACUUGGCCGCAAGAAACGUCUUGAUAGGUGAAAAUAAUAUAGCCAAGAUAUGCGACUUCGGCCUGGCUAGGGUAAUAGAAGACAAUGAGUACUGUCCAAAACAGGGUUCGCGUUUUCCAGUGAAAUGGACUGCCCCGGAGGCGAUAGUGUACGGCAGGUUCUCCAUAAAAUCAGACGUAUGGUCUUACGGGAUACUGCUGAUGGAACUGUUUACAUACGGGCAAGUGCCCUAUCCGGGAAUGCACGGUAGAGAAGUCAUCGAAAUGGUCGAAAAAGGUUACCGAAUGCCGAAACCUACUUCACACCGAUUACCGGACGACAUAUACCAAAUUAUGUUGAAGUGUUGGGACGCCAAUCCUGAAAAGAGACCUACCUUUGAAUUCCUAACGCAUUACUUCGAGGGGUUUAGCGUAACAUCGGAAGUUCCUUACAGGGAGGUACCCGACUAAGGACGUGUCGUUGUGUAUUGAUGAUGUACUCUUUGGUGUGAAUCAGUACUUAAUUUCGUUAUAUGCAGUGUUUAUGCAGUCGUCGACGUCAUUGACAUUUAUUUUCAAGUAAACUAAGCUAGAUCUCAUUUAGAUUUUAAAUAAUUGCUUUGUUUCACACAUGGAUCUUUCUUACAUACCUUGCGCCAUGUUUGUUUCAUUGAUCGGUGACAAUACAAGCUGGAAACUUCUUCGAUCUUAUUAAAUUUAAAAUCUAGUUUGAGUUCUUGUAGACUUAAAGGCAAAGAGAAUUUCGACAUACCAGUGCUGAAGAUUUAAGUUUUGUGAUAUUUUAGUUGAUAACUUCGACUAGUCACGAGUCACGAUGAUAGUUUCGGUUUUAAAGACGAACUAUUACGGUAGUUGAGAAGUAGCAUGAUACGGGAAACUCUUUAUUUGGAACUACUGCCGGUUUUUAUUUUCUGGGCGAGACGAUUCGCCUAAGUUUUAUGCUCGGUUUACUUCAGUAUUUUUUCAAGAGGGAAAAGUGUCGGAGAGCUUUCUAAUCAAUCGUAGAAGGUAGAAUUUGGAAUCAAGAUAUUACCAUUAAUAAAUUAACCCCAAGACUGAGCCCUCCCAUUUUGGGUUUGGAAGUUUUGUUAUCCUCUUAUUCGUCAAUUGAGACCUUUAAAGACAAAGCGAGUGUCUCCUUUUUGCCUUAGCUCUCUGCUAUCUUGUCGGUUCGACCCCUUCGACAACCUUCCGUCGCCGUACAUGUCUGAAGGAGGAAAGCCUUUGUUGACCUAAAUCUCUUGUUAUUCCAAGAAAGAAACUAUCAAAAAUCUUUCCCUAUUGGACAUACAAUCUUGCUCAGACUGUCCGGGUCAUAGCGAUCUUGCCUUCAUUCAAAUUAGAGAUGGGCACUUUUCGGAAAAGUGUGUUACAGACAUGUCGAUGAAAUGUCCGGACAUGUCGGGAAAAGUACAUUUGACCUUGAAUCUAAUAAGGCACCUAUGAGUGAUGUCUCGUUUUCAUUGGGCCCUAUUGGGCGUUAAUUGCCUCAAAACAUAACAAAAUAUGGCGAUAUUUUGGAAUUCCUACGUCCAUUCGAGCCCGAGGGGCCCGUGACAAACAAACAUCGAUUUUGCCCUUGUCCUGAAACAAACUAUUUUAAAAAAAACAAGUCUGAAAACUAAUCUUUGUUUUUGCCAUUUACGUAUUUGAAGAUUUAAAUACACGGCAGAAUUUGGAAUCAAGAUACUACCCAUUAAUAAAUUAACCCCAAGACUUUAAAGUUAAAUAGACCGCACUGUGUGGAAACCCAAGGGGAACUGCAUUUUCGGGGACCUCAAAAGAUUUUGACACUUUUACUUCGAGCCCUCCCAUUUUGAUUUGGACGUUUUGUUAUCCUCUUAUUCGUCAAUUGAAACCUUUAAAGACAAAGAGAGUGUCUCCUUUUUGCCUUAGCUCUCUGCUAUUUUGUCAGUUCGACCCCUUCGACUACCUUCCGUCACCGUACAUGUCUGAAGAAGGAAAGCCUUUGUUGACCUAAAUCUCUUGUGUUUCCAAGAAAGAAACUAUCAAAAAACUUUCCCUAUAGGGCAUAGCAAUCUUGCUCAGACUGUCCAGGUCAUAGCGAUCUUGCCUUCAUUCAAUUUAGAGAUGGGCGCAUUUAGGAAAAGUGUGUUACAGACAUGUCGAUGAAAUGUCCGGACAUGUCGGGAAAAGUACUUUUGACCUUGAAUCUAAUAAGGCACCUAUGAGUGACAUAUCGUUUUCAUUGGGCCCUAUUGGGCGUUAAUUGCCUCAAAACAUAACAAAAUAUGGCGAUAUUUUGUAAUUCCUACGUCCAUUCGAUCCCGAGGAGCCCGUGACAAACAAAUAUCGAUUUUUCCCUUCUUGUCCUGAAACGAUGCUUACCAGAUAGCGAAAACGUCUUCAAGUUAACUUGUUCCAAAUGCUUUCGGAUUCUAUGGUUUACUUGUUGUGAGUACCGGGUAAGUUUUGUAAAUUUUUUACUUGGUGACGAAAGUUUUGCAGACACCGAUUUUAUCUGGUGACUGUAAAAUCUACUCGAAACCCCAAAUUUUUCGGUAUUUGUUGCCUAAUAUUUAUUACUGUACCAGUAUAGGUCCCAAACUGACCAAUAAAUUAUAAAGCCUUUCGGCUUUUGUUUUUCCAACUUAGGUAUUCGAAAAUUUAAAAAAUGUUUUCGGUUAUUCUCUCCCACACUUUUCCCGCGUCGGGAAAUAACGUGUUUAUACUUUUUGUUAUAAAACAGAAUAGCAAGUGCUGUGAAAGUAGGGGAAAUGGAAACGGUAGCAGUGCCGCACAUCGUGAUAUUUAUUUUAGACACCGAUUUUUUUUUAAUGUAUGUUCGAAUAUGUUUUUUCUUAAUUUGUCACAAAUUAUGCUACUUUUAAACUGACCUUAUUUCUACGAAUUAGGAAUCCCCAAAUUUUCUAAUAUAGUAUUUUGAGAAAAUAUGAUAGAAAAGUUAGAAAAAGACUGUAUAUUUUAGAGCUUCUAAAGUGAUGAAACUCGUAAAGUCUGUAAUUUGAAACGACGUACCAUUUCAAAGUUGGUGACUUUCAAAUCUUUACGAGUUUUCGAGAAACUGAGCCACGUACGAGAGUAGACGUAGUACAAAGAGGCUAAAAUUCAAGUGUCCUAUUUCAGAAUUUAACUUUUUAUAUGAUGACUUUUUGUACUUCCAAAAGUAACUUUUACAUGAGAAAUAUUGGACGUGGACCAAUAAUCUUUCUAGAAUUUUUCCUUGCACUUUUUUUUGUUCCUAUAAUGUGCAUAAAGUUGAAGAUGGAAACUUUUGUGUAUCGUAUGUGUGUUAAGAUUAGCUGUACCUCCAUGGAAAAUGCCCUAUAUAAAUUUCCAGAUUACUAGCGGGUGGGCAAGAUUCACAAAUUUUAUUUGAAGAUAUGUUCACUUAUCUCCACAAGAGCAAAGAUCAAAGAUGCCGUAUAAAAGAGUUCAGGGUGUAGUUAGCCGUGACGCACAGGACUGACAGUCGAUCGUCAACUAACUUUUAGAUAUACAGCGUGUUUAUUAAGUAUUUGUACAACCUUCAAUGGGUGUUGCUUUGAUGAUAAUUCUAAGACGAAAAGUUUAUAUAAACAGGUCCGGCAAUGCUUCGCUUCCAAGAUACAGAGUGUUAAACUUUUAAAAAAAUCGUUUUUUCAUAAAAAUUUUAAUAAUCCUUCAGCCGAUUUUGUUGAAA